GUACUUUUUAAUACCAGGAUUUGGUGAUGCAAGCAUCAAGCUACUGGGUGAUCGGUUUGAGACCAUUCUGACCUCCAACGGGUACUUAACUGAGGACCUAGGUGCAGAGUGGUCCCGGUUCAAGACCUUGUUGUACAACAGCUUGAAUGACAUCCCCAGUUUGACCUGGAAGAGAGUGAACCAAGGAUUGAGGGACAAGUCUCCUACUGUCCUGGCCCUGAUGGACCUGGUGCUUGCACUUCCUGCCAGCUCUGCAGAUGCAGAGAGGGGUUUUUCCCUUAUGAAAAGCACAAAGUCAGACUGGAGAUCAAGAUUGUCUAGUUCUUCUCUCUCCAGUCUGAUGACAGUGCAGCUGGAGACUCCUGGCAUUGAUGAUUUCAAUCCAGAGCCCUCCGUGAUGGCAUGGCAUUUGGGGGCCAAGAGGAUGCCAUCUUUCAGUGGAUCUGUUAAAGCCAAGCACACAAAUGCUGCAGCUCAUGCUGUUGUUGAUGAUGUUGAUUAUAAUGAUAAUGUGGUUGCUGGUGAGGGUGCUGGUGAAGAACCAGAGGUUGUUGGUCAGGCUGUUGGUCAUGCUGAAGUAGUCAUUGGAGGAGAUGAUGACGAAGGCUUUGAUGAUGUCUCAGAUUAUUGUUCUGAUUAUUCUGACACAGAUGAACAGCAGGAGGACCUUCAGCUGAUGGAAAAAAGGGCUUUUGCUCUUUUCAAGGAGUCACUUUUGUCAAUGGGUUGAUACGUCUGUGUGACAGAGUCUGUUGUGACAGAUGCAUGAAUUAAACAAAAAACAGAUUGUGUGUUUGUUUGUUAUGAUGUUGUUAAU